CUCUCGAGAAGACUACAAGAAUGCUGCUUUACGCUUGCCACCUACCUGCUUCGGCAGCGGACGACGACACCACCCAUCCUUCUCUCCCACAUCAUGGGUGCUGCUGAGCCCAGCAGCCAUGAGGUGACAGGACCCCAGGUGUUCUGGAUUCUUCUCCAACUCGCUUUUGCAGCCAUGACGCAGCGUUCAGCAAACACAAAACACACUUCUCGCAAGAUGUUCCUCGAAUCCCCAGAUCCGUUACGCGCGCUUCCGGUCAUCUGUGCCGCCGACGCAGUCAUCGAUAUCAUCACCUUGGUUCGUGCGCUCUGGGUGCGGUACAUGCACCAGAGCAAGAGCGAUAGGCAGCCUCUGAAGACUCCGGGAGUCCAGGUCAUUACGCUCAAGCUCGCCAUCUUCGUCCUGGCCGUGGCGCCGCAAGCAAUCAAGAUCUUCAGCAUCAAGCACCUCCUCAAACUCCAACUCUGUGCCGUCGGAUUCGUGUCCAGCUACAUCACCGGCUCGUUCAUAGAGAUCAGCGGCAUACCAACCGAAGACCACUGCCCCGUGUGCGGGACAGGCAUCCUGACGACCAUCAUCGCCGUCCUGGCCACGCUGAGCUUCUACUUCAACGUCGCCGUCGACCUCUGGAUCUGGCACGCCAUCGGCGAAGUCGACGCCGGACACCCGGCCAACUUCAAGGUCCCCGUCGGCGUCUUCUACAUGUUCAUCGUCCUCCUGGCGCUGUGGUUCCUGUAUCUCUCCUUCGGCGCCCUGGCGCAGAUCUUCAACCCGGUCAAGAACAGGACGAGCUUGCGCGUGCUUCGCGUCAUCCGCGUCGUCCUGAUCCCAGGCUUCUUGCUCAUCACGCUGCUCAACUUUGCCCCUGAGGAGACGGACGAGCACGACGGGAGCGUUGUGCACAAGGGCAAGCACGCUAUCGGCUACAUGCUCUACACCAUCCUCUUCACGCUCGUCGUGACCACGCUCGGCGCCUGGCUCGUCCACUGGAAGUUCGGCCACCAGUCCUUUGACAGCAGCGCCAUCACCCGCCGGUCCGCCAUCUCAGGGGCCGGCAGUCUCUUGCAUGCACACUCCACCCACCCGACCCAUCCAACUCCCCUUCCCAAAGCCCGUCUCCGUCAAGACUCCCUCGUCGUCCCGAGUCCCGCAAAUCUGACCUCCAUCAUCGCCACCACACCCGCAGACCCCCGAUCCCCCUCGUCCUCGUCCUCGUCCUCCCCCCUCGCCUUCCUCCGCGCCUGCACAACCUACAUCUGGAACGUCCUGCUGCGCGCCGAGGACAAGAUCUCGGAUAACCGCGUCACGCGCUUUCUGAGCCGUGAAACGGCGUAUGUCAUGUAUGGCAUUGGCCUGUUCCAUUUCUGCACUGCGUGUGUCUUUUUCCUGACUGCGUAUGGGGGGCCGCGCGCGGGGACGGGGAUGCCGGCGUGGGCGGCGCAGUAUCUUGGGUAG